AUGCAACCACUAAACCCCUUUCUGUCCGCCUUCUUCAAGAGCCAGGUCGUUGCGCAGUGCACUCCCGUCCACCACCACAUCUUGCUGGUUCCCUUGACCGAUGUGCUUCUCACCCAUCGCGAGACGGAGAGCGGCGCCCCGGCCCAUGAGGUCGUCGCCUCGGAGGAGUUUCUAGCCAGCCAUGUGCUGCGCAUCGCCGGGCCUGACGGGCCUGUGGGCGCCAAGGACAGCACCCAGAACUUGCGCGAGGCGCGAGGCAAGGCUCGCCAGUUCAACACACUGAACGGGAGGAGCGUCAUUGUCAAGGACUCUUUCAUCUACAGUAACAAAGGGUUCAAGUCUCUUGCGCAGGCCCAGAUUCUCAACGACACCAUCUGGUACCCCGACGUCUUCGAACCUCGACAAUGGCUGGUAUACUUCAUCUCGAAGCCUCUUGUUGGAACGUGGGAAGAGAUCAGACUCGAGCCCGCGGUUCUCGUCUCCGGUACCAGGAGCCGCGCGGCUGCGGAGCAACAGCAGAAGAAGCAGACCAACGGCGACUCAGCCGACAAUGCCUUGCCGCGCAAGAAAGACAUUAGGAGCUUCCAUGAUCUUCUCAACCACUUUCCCAUGAUUGCUCGGCAAAUGCAACCCGGGCUAGAGAAACUCUUCAUCGAAUUCUCAACAGUCUUCCAGAAGCCGCUGCCACCCCCGCCGUCAGCCUCAUACAUUCCGGAUCCGAAGCCAGACGGUCCUGUUGCGACCGCAGCUAAAAGGGCGAGGGCAGACAGCCUGACGGUCAAGGGCGGCAAAGCCAAUCAUAAUAGCCUACCUGUUGUAGAAGACUUUUUCGUCGAGGAUGACGAGGAUAUUAUGCGCGCGGCCCUUGAGAGCGCUGUUACGGCUGCUAUUGAUAUCUUCCAAGGAGUGGAUAAGCAACAGCUGUCGCUACUAGGCGCUACAACAGAUCUAACAGGUCCCCUUGUGGAAAAGUUAAUUGAGCGUUACAUUGCCGAGAACGUCCAUGGCCUCCUUUUUGGCAAGCUCAGCGCCAUCAAGCGGCGAGAUGACUUGGAACUCGAAGCCAAGAUUCGGAAAAUGGAAUUCAUUGACAUCUCCCAAUUAGGAAUCGCCAUCGACGGGGGCAUGAAAGCCAAGCACGAUCUUGUUACACAGCUCAACCCUGCCGUCGAAGAAUUCAGAAAGAUUUCCACCGCUAUGAGCCCACAGGAAAUGCUGGAUUUGUUACUUUCGACCAUGAAGAUUGCCUCUCAGCUUACCGAUACCUCAAGACCUCUCGGCGGUGCUGCAGCAGACCUACCGUCAUCUGAAAAGGCCAUUAUGACUGUGAACGCCGACACCUUGGUCUCCCUGUUGUUGUACGUCGUGAUUCGAUCCCAGGCCAAAAACUUACAGGCUCGUCUUGCCUAUGUGAGGAAUUUCAUCUUUGUCGAGGAUGUAGAUAGUGGAGAGAUGGGAUACGCCUUGAGCACUUUCGAAGCUGUGCUAGCAUAUCUUUUCACAGAUUCGGCGGGCUUGCGCCGCGCCAGCAAGAAGAACAAGGCUCUGUGGGAUGCCGCCAAGGGGGCAGACCUGAAGGAGCUGAGGAACAUAAUGGAACCGAACCCUUGCGCAAUUAGCAAUGACGACGACAUCGAAGAUAGCGACAACGAUGUGGACGAUCGAACCCCUCCCAAGCCUGCGUUUAAGCUGGCGCAUGGUUCGUCGAGGCGAUCAUCGCUUGUGUUGAACUCCUCGGACCGAUUCUCUCACGGUACUGGGCUUGGCCACGUAUUCCCCUUUCAGAUUGCCAGCGGCGAUGGCGCAAACGAGUCAAUACUCGAUCUACCCCUCAAGAGAACCAAGAGAGUUGCUAUGGACACUAGGAGUUUGUCAAGUGCAUCCGAGUUCUCGUACCACUCAAUAGCAACCAUCGGCACCCUGGGAAGCGCGCUGGAAGGUGACAUCUCCGUGGAGAGGCUUGCUCAAACUAGCAGUGCCCUGGGUGAAUCCGUUCUGAUGAUGGCCGUGCAGAGUGGAAGCGUGGAAACGUUGGGCUAUCUCUUAUCCUUGUCCGGAUACUAUCCGUUUGACAUUGUGCUGAGAGACGUGAACAACGAAAACACCACGCUACUGAGCGCUGCCACUCAGCUAGGUAACCGAGAGCUGAUUAACUCAUUUCUUGACUACCUUCUCGACAAGUCUAAUCCAGGACAGUUGGGCCAAUACUUUUCAAUACAAGACAUUUGGGGCCGAAGUGUUGGACACUACCUGUUUAACGCGCCUUGGAUGAUUGGGGUCAUUGGCCCCCUGAUCCCCUGGCGCCAAAGAGACAAGAAUGGGCAGACGCCGCUUUUCGCAUUGUGUCGCUGCUACGAUCAUGUGGAGUACUAUACCAUGGUUGAGGAUGGCAUCAGGGCCGCGCAGCAAACACAGCUUGACGGGCAGCCGCUGCACGUGGAUGAGCAUAUAGAUGGAAAGGGAAACACUCUGCUGCACAUUAUGAAUGACCCGAGACUGGCGCUCAGAAUCUUGCAAUACUGUGACGUGGAUGUCAACGCGACGAACGAGAAGAAGUUUACAGCGCUCAUGGUUGCCAGCAAAUAUGGCCGAUAUGAUAUGGUCAGGGCUCUUUUUGCCGACCCUAGAGUGGACAUUGGGGCUAAAGAACUACGAGGUCUCACGGCCGUGGAGCUGGCCAAAGACGACGACGUCAGAAAUAGAAUUGACGACCUCGGUCUUUUCAGCAUGCCACCCGCAAGGGACGGGCGGAUAACGGGAGUCGUCAGAGCCUUUUUCGUCGAGGACAGCACAGUUAGGUUGGUGCUGAAGUCGGCAGCUCCAACAGAUCAUGACAGUUACACGGUUACUACGAGUCGCCGGUCUUUGACUGAUUUUGAGCAGUUGGCACGCUUGCUGGCCGAGGAGAACCCUGCGUCAUGGAUUCCCUCGAUAUCAGAUACCAGGUGGCCGUUCCAACUACCCUCGAGGCCGUCUCGCGCGGCGCUGCGAGAUAUCCAGAUACGAACGGACUGGUUCCUGAAAAUCAUGCUGAGCCAUCCCACGCUUUCUACUCACGAGAUGUUGUGGGAAUUCUUCCUCGUACCAGAACUGCAACUGGAGGCUAUGGAGCAGAGAACAAAACUCAAGACAGAAACAAGGGUAGAGAAGAUCCGCGAAGAGUACGAACCUAUGGAGGACGUACGAGAAGUGGAGCAAUUCGUCAACCACGCACGAGAGAUGGUCCGAAGCAUCAGCUACUCCACGAAGAGCGUGACGAGGCGUGCGAAUGCUGUUGGCCAAGUUGCUACAGAUUUCUACGAUGCAUCAGCGCUGCUUUAUCGAGCAGUAUUUACCAUUCAAUAUCUGCCCCCGCAGCACAUUGUAGGCAUGGAGGUGUUUGUUCGGGCCAUGGCGCCCGUUCAGCACAACCCACAAGCUGUGUUUCACACGACGCUUCUGGCGAUUCAAUCCACGGUGCAGGCACUACUCUCUUCGCUAGCUAGGCCGACAAACCUUAUUGGACAGAUCACGGCAGCCAAGAGGGAGGCAGACAGAAACGACAGCUCCGCGCUGCGACCUUCGCGAUGGCCACUGGGCUUGCUCGACGACUCUCGACAGCGACACCAAGAGGAGAAGGAGAAGCGAGCGCGCCAAUCACGGGAGCAGGCGUCACAACUCUCCAGGGAGCUUCGAUACACGCAACAGACAGUAGCCAGCGAAUUGGCUGGAUGGCAGGAGCUGCACGAUCAAAUGGGCCUCCGGGCCAUUCGCGAGUACGCCCGAAGCAUGGUGGUGCAAGAACGGGUAAGGCUCGAAGGCAUGAUGCGAGCGCUGCGGAUAGUACGACUGGGGAACUACCAACAAGGGGGGAUGAAUGCCAUGUCACAGCGACGACCCCCAUCGCCCCCAACGGAUCAGAAACAAGAAAGCGAGGACGGGGAUGAGGUGCCGACAGGAAACGAAACAAGAGGAGUGGAGUGA